ACACAACUAACAAGCAGACAGCAGAAGUCUGAACUGUGUCUUUAGACAGUUGGGAUUGCAAGCUGAGCGCUAGCUAGUGGCGGCAGAAGUUUAUUAUUACUCUCAGCAUGCUGGAAAGCAGUCUGUCUAAAACUAUAAGCUGAGACCCAGACAUUCACUGGAAGAAACUAAAGAGCACCAGAUGGAGGGAGAAUCAAACUCAGUAGAAAAGCUGUUCUGUAGACUUGGCCUUGAGAAAAAACAUGAAGACAAACUUACCAGUGCACACUUUCUUGAAAUAUCCAAAUCCACUUUACUGUACAAGGAGCCCAGUAAAGAGAAGGAACUGGUAAAUGCUUUCAUGCAACGGCUUUUGACAGGAGAUUACACGGCAAGACACAUCUCUGUCAAAUAUGAAACCAACAUACCAAAGUCUCAGAAGCAUCAGACCAGAGCUAGAGAAGAUGCCUUUGCUGCUCUUUUUAAAAAACAGAAUGUAAACACAGAAAGAAAACAGGCAGAGAUUCACCCAAUGGAUGUUCAGAUGGCAGUGUUCCUUUGUGCAGAUGAUUUUCUUAGACAAAUCAUGGUGACUAAACUGGCACAGUGUCAGUACGCGAUCCCUCUGCUGAUGCCCAAUCCCUUUAGCGGGAAAAUUGAAUUUCCUCUCUGGUCAAUGCGUAAAAUCAACAAGAGCUGGAAGUCGACUGAUGCUUCAGGAAAAAUCAUCAGCAAGACUGUGCCUGUUUACAAAGCAGAAACUCCAAUGGUGGCAUUCUUCAGGCUUGGGUCUGUUUCCUCAUCCAAGUCUCAGCUGAUCAACAACCUGAUUAAUGAAAAGCACAACACAUUUUUCCACAGAAACUGUCCAGGCAGCAGCAGAAACCGUCUACUGAUGGAAGGAGUGGUGGAGAUCGCCUGGUACUGUCCAUCUGGGAAAAGCUCUGAUCAUUUCACUGAAUGCGUUGCUUUCUGUAAUCUUCAUGGUGAUUCCAGCAGAGCUGUAACUCAAACAGAGACACUUACUAACAUGGCCUCUAUAAAUGUUAUACUUUUGCCUAAGCUUGAUCAGAAUGAUAAUAAUAUGCGAAUUGUACAGGAAUUUUGUAAAUCCCAAACACCUCUUAUUGUUGUUCUUACUGAGGAAGAGAACGAUAAUGAAGAUUCUGUGUGUGAGAUUGGUAGAGGAAAAUACAGAGUGGGACUGAAGGGUAUAAAUCAGUCUAAGGUGUCUGUUGUACUCAGAGAUGUGAUCAAGAGCUGUCUCUCACAAAAACAUAUGACCUUCAACCUCGAGAAAAUGACCAACAACUCAAAGAUCAGUGUGGAUGAGAACAAUGAGGCCUGUCGGAGAGGAAAGGAAGCUGCACAAAAUACAAUGGGUGCUCUAUAUGGAAAAGAUCCACUGACAGUAAAAGAGAAAUGUCUGCCCUGCCAGGGAAAACUGUGGCAUGACUGGUGCGAGAAGAGCAAAAGUUUACGGCGACUUCAAAGUACCGACAUAGAAACAGAGCUCAGCAACAAGAAAACUAAAAUGAAGGAAAUAAGACGGAAACAGCAGGAACAUGGCUUCAGUGGACUCAUGGGGUUAUUUGUUGGAUGUUUAAAAUCACGGUCAGUCAGUGAGAGAAUGUAUUUCCUCAGCUGGACUGGAAUUUGCCUGAAUGAGUUCACUUCAGAGAAACUCUCUACCAUCCGACAAGAAUAUCACCAAAAAUGGACAGCUGUGUUGGCCUUGAAAAAAAAACAUGACAAAGCUGAAGGACAAGCAAAUCCGGACAAACUGAAGGCUGAACAAUCAAACUUAGAAAAAAUAUCAAAAGAACUGAAUGCUGCCAACUUUGGCUUGGAGCACAUACUGAGAGAGAUGGGUCAGAUUUAUGAAGCCUCAGUCUCUGAAGAAAAGAGCAUGAUCAGGAAAGAGGUUGGAAACUUGUCUUACCUGCCUGAACUUGCUGCUAAACUCAUGAUAUCUGGGCGCCCAAUGGAGCUGAUGGAUGGUGAUACAGCUUAUGUUCCUCUAACCUGGGUUACAGCUGUUUUAGAUGAAGUCAUCAAGAUACUGGGAGAUCAGAGAGUUUUUGUGCUGUCAGUUUUGGGAAUUCAGAGCUCUGGGAAAUCUACCAUGCUGAAUGCCAUGUUUGGGCUCCAGUUUGCAGUCAGUGCAGGCAGAUGCACCAGAGGAGCCUUUAUGCAGCUGGUUAGAGUUUCUGAGGACAGGAAGGAAGACCUGAAGUUUGACUACAUAUUGGUGGUUGAUACUGAAGGUCUCCGAUCUUCAGAGCUGUCUGGAAACAUCAUCCAUCAUGACAAUGAACUUUCCACAUUUGUGGUAGGAUUAGGAAAUAUGACUUUGAUUAACAUCUAUGGAGAGAAUCCCAAUGAAAUGCAGGAAAUACUUCAGAUAGUUGUUCACGCAUUCCUGAGGAUGAAGCAGGUCAGAUUAAACCCCAGUUGCAUGUUUGUGCAUCAGAAUGUUUGUGAUAUUGCAGCUAGAGAGAAAAUCAUGGAUGGAAGGAGACAUUUGCAGGAAACACUGGAUAAAAUGACUAAACUAGCAGCUAAAGAUGAAGACUACUACACAGAAAAUUUCACUGAUGUCAUUGCAUUUGAUGUAGAGAGUGAUGUGAAGUACUUUGCACAGCUCUGGGAGGGUUCUCCACCCAUGGCACCACCAAACCCAUGCUACAGCGAGAACAUUCAGGAACUAAAGAGAGAUAUCCUUUCCCGUGCAUCAACUACAAAUGGCCUGAAUUUAUCACAGUUUCAAAAACGUGUGAAAGACCUGUGGAAUGCUCUACUGGAUGAAAAUUUUGUGUUUAGUUUUAAAAAUGCACAAGAGAUAUCAGUGUACAGGAAACUGGAGCAGGAGUAUGGGAAAUGGACCUGGAGUCUGAGGAGUGCCAUGAUGACUAUAGAAGAGAAAAUGCUUAACAGAGUAGCCAGUGGAAACGUGGAAACAGUUCAGAAGCGGGAACUUCUAAGAGAAAUGGCAGGAACCCUACAGAAUGUCCAAAAUGCAUUCAACCAAUAUUUUGAAGAAGACAGUGAAAAGGAAACACUGAUUCAGUGGAAAUGCAAAUUUGCGACACAAAUCCAGCACCUCCAUGAUGAUCUAAUAGAGGAAGCAAAGAGAAAGGUGGAUGACAGCAUUCAGCAGAAAAGCAUUAGACAAAACCUUGAUAAGCAACGUGUGAACUACGAGAAGACACUCUUCGAAAAGAGCAAAGAGCUUGCUUUAAAACUCAAAGGAAAUGUUAACAACAAAACACAUGCAAGUAAGGAAUUUGAUUCUAUGUGGGGGAAAUGGGUCUCUGAAUUAGCUGAACAAACUCCAAAAAUCAAAGAUGUUAACAUCUCAAAGGAUGUAUCUGAAGUUCUGGGAGAGUUCUACAAACAUGACUUGGUUUCAAAUCGAACGCGUUCUUCAGACUAUAAAAUAAUUGGAAGGGUCAGUGAGUACACCAGCUAUGUCCCAACUAACAAGAGCAUGUCAAGUAGGAAUUUCUUUAAGUUUUGGUCUGGUAAUUCUCCAGAGAUAAACAAAUCAAUACGUGAUCUAAUUAUUAAGGUCACUGAACAAACAAAAAAAAAGGUGGAGUCAUUUCCAUUCUCAGCACAGGGAUACAGUUCACAUUACAUUCAAUCCAUUGCAUAUGAUGUCAGAAAACAGGUGCAUGAAUUUGAAGCACAAUUCAAGAAAGAUCGAAAGUUAUUUGAUGAUGCUUCUGUCUUUAACCAAGAUUUCUAUGUAGAUCUCUCACUUUAUGUGUGUGACCAGUCAGCAAAACGCAUCUCAGAGCUGCACAAAAAAUUCAAAGAAGCAAAUGAUCCACUUAUUUACUUUGAAAAGAAAAGGGCUGAGUAUUUCAACAUCUUUCAGAAAUACUGGGAGGGAGCAACAUCAGCAGCUAUACUUGGAGACCAGGUUUGCAGUAAAGUGAAAGAAGCGAUUCUGCAGAGUGUCUACAACAUGAUCGCUAAAUUUUUGUGUGGAGAGAUGAGAGGGAAGCCACCAUUUAAUGGGAACAGAGCUGAUCUGGAAAAACACAUUCUGAAGUCUUUGGCAGAGCAGGAGGGAAAUAAGGAUGAGAAGUUUGAAAACUACUUAACAUACAUGUACAAUCCUAGGGUUCACUUCGAAGAUUUCAUCAAGGCCAGAGUUAAUGAGUUCAUGGCAGCUGAAAACCCUCAAGCAGUUUCUGCAACUGAAGAAUACAUUGACAACAAACAGAGAAGCAUCAUAAGUGCUGUAAAAAUAGCAACAGAUGAAGUCAAACAUGUCAAUGGUGAUGCAAAUCAGUGGCUGGAAGUUUUUUCCAACAGCCUUGCAGAUGAGUUAGGAGAUACUAGAGUUCACCUAUGCAAUGAAGAGUGUAAGGAUUGCGUUGACUAUGAUGUUCUUGUGGAAGCUAUAAGGAAAGAACUUUCAGCUGUUGUUGAAGAGCUAAAGAAAAGCCUCAGUAAGAUUUCUGACUUCACCAUGGAGAAGUUCAGAGAAAGACCUGAUGAGAUUCUAAUCAAACACUUCUGCAGGUGCUGCUGGGAGCAGUGUCCUUUCUGUGGAGCCGUCUGUACCAACAGCCAAAAAGACCAUCCUGGAGAUCACAAUGCUGAUUUCCAUCGCACAUCUGGAAUGAAUGGAUGGCAUUACAGGGGCACAACAGAAUUCUUCAGAGACUUUUGCACAACAGCAGUAGCAAGUGACAAGUCCUUUUACCCAUCCAGUGAUUCUGAGACUAGUGUUCCUUAUAAACAGUACAAGACAGCAGGUGAAAAGUAUGAAAAAUGGGGCAUCUCCAUUGAUUUGUCUGAGCUGGCUUACUGGAAAUGGUUUGUUUGUGAAUUUCAGAAAAAUCUUGAAAAGCACCAUAACAAACAGUUUUGUGGUCAAGGGGAGAUUCCUGAGGAGUGGAAAACUUAUAGCCAGUCAGAUGCUGUUAAAAGUUUAGGAAUACAUUAAUACAUUUUAAGGCGUUCUGGCACUUUUCUGUGCUUUCUGACAACCCAUGACACAAAACAUCUGUAUCUGAUGGAAGAGCAGCCACAGUCCAGCUUAUCCUAAUGAGAAGGCUUAAGCCACAUCCACAUAUCAAAAUACUGUCCUCUGCAACACAUUCAUGCUCCUCAGCUUCAAGAUCAAUGCGUUCAAGAUCAAAUUCUAGCUAUAUGUACUAGCGUCAUAGCGGCUGCUAACAAGACAUUUUGCGUAAAAACAUUAUGAGAAUCAUUAACGAAUCAAUAAACUUCAGUUUCCCAAUUUGUCAAUGAUUCUCAUAAUGUUUUUAUGCAAAGUGGAUAUAAAAAGUCUACACACUCCUGUGAUGUAAAAAAUAAAACCAAGGUAAAUCAAAUUUUCAAACUUUACAUUUAUAUACAAACCAACAAAAUGCAACCAGAUUAUUGUUUUUUUCUUUUUCACUCCUAAAAUGUUUGUUUGAUUUUCAUUUGAUUGUUGUUGGUUGCUAUAUUGCAUUAAAGGAGGAAAAAUAUCUCACAUGAUUUCAUUUUUUUACAUCACAAAAACCUACAAUUUUAACAGGAGUGUGUAAACUUUUUAUUUUUACUUUUUAUUUCAAAUUUAACAGGGGUGUGUAAACUUUUUAUAUCCACUGUAACUGUAUUAUGAAGAGGCUUUUUGUGUUCCAGCAAUUACAUAUUUUUAAAUUAUACCAGUGAUUAUUUUAACAG